CUACACUGUAUUAUCGGUAGUUGAAAAGUGACAUGCAUUUAAUCCUCGUCACGCCCAUCCAUGGUAGGUCGGUGCGUAAUAGCAGAUGUUCAGGUACCCUUUCACACUUAUUAAUUAUUCACAAUGGCUGUAACCGACAAGGCACCGACUCUUUUGGCGUCCGAGCACGUAGGUCCCAAGGGAUGGAUCCGAGAUAUGGCAUGUCUCGAAUUGGCUGAGGACUACGAUGCUGAACACAUAUCGUCCAUACUCAAGACCGCUUGGGCGAGCUUUAAGUCGCGGACGCCUCUUGUGGGCGUUGAAGCGGUGCCACUGGGUCUUGAUGUGAAGCCGGCUGGUAUGCUCAAGCUUCAGGCUUACAGUGAUGGCGAGAUAGAGGACUUCUUGGUCAAAGACCACCGCAGUGACGAUACUAUCCCAUCCUUUGCGCAGCUACAGGCACAAGGUUUCCCCAAUGCUGCGAUGGAUAACGAGAAGCUCUGCUUGCGCGGGCGCGGCGGGGAGUGGCCCAACUUUGCCGUCGACAGACUUGCGACCAAUUUGAUGCAGGCCAACCUGAUCAAGGGCGGGUUACUACUUAACCAUCUUUGCUUCCACGCUUUUGGCGAUGCUACCUCUAUGUGGAAGCUACUCGAGCUCUUCGCGGAAGAUGUGCGAAAAGCACAGGGCCUGUCAAUCGAGCGACCAGCCGAAAUACCUACUGCUGACAGAGCCAAACUGUCGCAGAGCACUGGCAAGAACGUUUGUUCCAACUUUGCCGACCAACACAAGGAGUUCAUUCAUAUCCCCUUCACACCAGAGGGACUACCCGAGGGUCUGAUAAAUGCCCGGCACCAUGCUCAUGUGUUCCGCUUUACGCCCGAAUCGAUCCAGGCACUCAAGGCCGAGUGCGCGCCGAGUAAUGUGCGUGUUCUGAAGGACCAGAUCCCCCAAGACCAGCUGCCCGCGUUCAUUUCUACCAACGAUGCCCUGACGGCACUGCUCUGGAAGUCUGUCCAACGUGCCGAAAACCCGGACUACGUUGACCCAGACAGCAACUUGGCACCUUCCGUCGUCAUGGCAUCACUGGCUGAUCUGGCAUGUCUGAUCCGCAUGGGCGUUGCCAAGUGUGGUAGCACGUACUUCGACGAGGUAGCGCACUACAUCGAAAAUAUGGACGACGUAAACCGUCUUGCUGGCACGGCCUUCCUCGACAUGCCCGGCAAGAACGUAUUGCAAAGCAACUGGAACGAGUAUGACUACUAUGGAAUUGAAUGGGGCUCGGCUUUUGGGGAUCACAUUAAGGCUCUACGUUUCCCGGCUGGAGGUGUUUGCGCUGGUUUCCAAAUCAUCAUGCCCAAUCCCCCAAACACGCCUCGUGGGACGACUGAAGUGCUCGUGGAUAUACUAUUCGUGAGAUUUGGCCUUGUUGAGUAUGCCAGAUGA